AUGUCGUUCACCCACAAACCAGAAAAAGAAAUCUGUAAAAGAUUUAAUUUGGGAAAAUAUAUUCAGUUACUGACCAUUCCAUGUGCAAUGAAUGAGAUAAACAACAACGCAAACAUCCUCCCCAACAUCACCUUGGGCUUCCAUAUUUUUGAUUCCUGCAAGAUGCUUCAGAGGGAGCUUGAUGGAACUCUGAGGAUUGUAACAGGGCAAAGCAGAGCUAUCCCCAACUACCAGUGCCGACAGCAGGAGCAGCUGGCUGCUAUCAUUGGCCACUCUAUCUCCACGUAUUCAAUCCUCAUGGCCCACAUUCUGGGCCUGGCCAGGUAUCCACAAAUAAGCCAUGUUUCAACAAGCUAUCUUCUGAGCGAUAAGACACAAUUUCCAUCCUUCUUUCGGACUGUGCCCAGUGAUGCUCAUCAAUCUCGAGGAUUGGCCCAGCUUGUGCUACAUUUUGGAUGGACCUGGGUGGGGAUGGUCGCUGAUGCCAAUGAUUAUGGGUUUCAAGGUAUUCAGGCUCUUCGACAAGAAAUCCUGAAAUCUGGAGCAUGUGUGGAGUUCUUAGUCUAUAUCCAGAGCAGCCGCCCCGAUCAUAAUAUUCCACCCAUCAUUCAGACCAUCAAGAAGUCAAAAGCCAAGGUUGUGGUUGUUUUUGCAACUGAAAGUAAUGUGAUUUUUUUGUUUGAUGAACUGAUAAAGCAGAACAUAACUGAAAAGACUUGGGUGGCCAGUGAGGCUUGGGCGACAUCUACUAUGUUUUUACCAGAAAAAUAUUGGAAUCUCCUCUUGGGAACUGUAGGCUUUGCAUUAAGUAGUGACUUUAGCCCAGGGUUCCAUGAAUUUAUUGAACACAUUAGUUUACCCAGACUAUCACAAGAAACAUGGGACCUAAUGUUUUCAGAGGACAAUCUGAAAAAUGCAUUUCUAGAAUGUCUGAAUUUUGCAUUUCAGUUAGAAAGGAUGGCAAACAACAGUGCAGGGGAAGAUGCAGUUGAACAUUUCAGAUAUCAUUUAAAAAAUCUAAUAAAUCUAAGACAGAUGUAUGCACUCUACUGUGCCGUGCAUGUGAUAGCUCAGACCUUGCAUGACCUUGCCUCAUGCAAGGCUACAAAUGGACCCUUUAUCAACAGAAGCUGCUCAAAUAUAUGGAGUUUCAAACCAUGGCAGGUAGUGAGCUCUGAGCCAAGCCCUGACAUGGCUUAUGGGAUUUCUCACUACAUGAAGAAGGUGCGGGUGAAGCUAAGCUGUGACAUUACUUUUUCCUUUGAUGACAACGGGAAUCCUCCUCCGGUUUAUGAUAUUGUCAACUGGCAACUAAGUCCUGAGGGUACAAUGAGACAGGUCAAGGUGGGAAGAUAUCAUAGCACAGCUGCCAAUAAACAUGUCCUGAAUAUCAACAUGAGUAACAUACAAUGGUCAUCUGAUGAUCAAGUGCUGAGAACAAUAGUUGAAGGGUUUAGGUUAAUAAACCAUGGUGUGCCUAGGCGCAGCAGAGAAGUCAAGAUUAUUGUGGACCCAUCUGUAUGGCUGGGGCAGGUCCCGAUUUCUGUCUGUAAUAAAAAUUGUUCACCAGGUCUCAGAAAAGCUGCCAAGAAAGGAGAACCAAGUUGCUGUUAUCAGUGUGUCACCUGUUCCCAAGGAGAGAUCUCCAACCAGACUGACUCGGGUGAGUGCUUGAAGUGCACAUGGAAUCAAUGGCCAAGUCAAGAUAAAGACAGAUGUUUGCCGAAAACCAUUGAAUAUCUAAAAUAUGAAGAGCCAUUGGGUAUCACAUUAACAACCACCACUGUCACCUCAUCCUUUGUACCUUUAGCUAUUUUAGGGCUUCUUAUUUCUUACAAAGCAACUCCUGUAGUACGAGCCAACAAUUAUACCAUCAGUUGUCUUCUCCUGAUCUGCCUUUCUCUUUGCUUCUUGUGCUCUUUGGCUUUUAUUGGCUAUCCUCAACGUGAGAAGUGUCUUUUACGACAGGUUGCCUUUGGUACGGUAUUUGCUCUUUGUGUCUCAUGCAUCUUGGCCAAGACAAUCAUGGUUGCAAUUGCAUUCAGGGCAACUAGACCAAACAGCGAUUUAAAAAGAUGGGCUGGUCCUCAUGUCUCCUGUAAAGUCAUUAGCUUAGGAACGUUCUUCCAGUUCCUGAUCUGUCUCACUUGGCUUGCACUUUUCCCACCUUUCCCUGAAUAUAAUGACAAAACCAAACCUGGAGUCCUCAUUCUUGAAUGUAAUGAGGGCUCAGCCACCUGCUUUUGGAGUACCUUAGGGUAUCUCGGUGUCUUGGCUGUGAUCAGUUGUGUUGUUGCUUUCUUGGCAAAGGACCUCCCUGACAGCUUUAAUGAGGCCAAAUUCAUCACCUUCAGCAUGAUAGCCUUUCUCAGUGUCUGGUUGUCUUUCAUUCCAGCUCAUCUCUCCACCAGUGGCAAGUACACUGUGGCCCUGGAGAUCUUUGCCAUCUUGUCCUCCAGUUGGGCCAUGCUCUGUUGCAUGUUUGUGCCAAAAUGUUAUAUAAUUCUAUUCCGCCCCACAGUGAACACUAAAAAACAUCUCAUGAGGAGGUUUAGCAAAAGAACCAAUUACAAUAUGCAUUCCUGA